AUGCCCAGACAAAAGCAUGCUCCUAUAUCUAGAUCCCAAACAAAUGCGAAGCGCAGGCGUGUUGGGACAGAAGAGGACGUUCAACCGGGGGGCAUUGAAGAUUCGCUGAACUCAAGCACGAGUCGUAAAAAGGUUCGAUGGGGUGGCGACCUUGAAUCAUCCCUUGAGCCAUCUGAACUUUCGUCGGAGGGAGGUGACAAUGAAGGAGAUAUAAUGGAUAAGCUGCAUCAUGCCAGUUGCUGUGCUUAUUAUGAUCCCGUGAAGUGUACAAUUUUUGCGUUCGAAGAUAUGCAGGAGAAUCAACAUUACGAUCUCGCCAAAGCUCUCUUCGAGCAAUGUAGUCCCAACAUUGCCAUUACAAGCUCAAAAGCAGACGAGAACUUCAUAGACGUUCUUCGUGACCACUUGGAUGCAUCCGGCGGAAUAUUCCAGAUAAGACCUCACAAGGACUUUUCACCCGUCAAGGGUCGCGAUCGCAUCCUUUCCCUACGUCUGCUUUCUGAGUUACCUAUGGACGCCGUCCAUGAUUUCGGGUCGUCAGAUUCGGACUAUACUUCUGCACCGAAUGCAUAUGACUUUAUGAGGCGAAGGAAAGAUAUAGGAGGCGACCCAACUCUGCAGAGAUGGAACGCAUCUAUCCGAUUAUCCAAUUUUGCUUCUGUUGACGGGGCCCCUUUGUGUUUGGGUUCGAUCGGUGCGCUUCUGGACUAUUUGGCUCGUGUGCGCGCUGUUGAAGAUCUGGAAAACGAUGGGAUUGGCGGCCUGGAGAUUCGCGCGAUUGAGACUUUAGUUCUUUCGCAGGCUAUGCAGAUCAAUGCGGAUGCGUUACAUUCACUGCAAAUAUUCGAAGAAGAAAACCAUGCAUCAAUUCAUUCAGACAAGACCAAGGAGGGGCUAUCAUUGUUUGGAAUUAUCAAUCAUACCAAAACGUCACUCGGUCGUGCGCUCUUACGUGAAUGGUUCCUUCGUCCCUCGCUUUCACCUUCUGUGAUUGCUGCUCGCCAUGAUGCUGUAGCAUGUUUCAUGCGACCGGAUAAUCUCGCUAUUAUUGAUUCGAUGCACGGUAGUUUGAAAGGCAUCAAAAAUAUUCCCCGGAUGCUGGGGACCCUGAGGACCGGGAAGGCCAGGUUAUCAGAUUGGCAGGGCAUCAUGAAAUUCACGGUUCACUCCCUCAUGCUGCGGGAGGCGUUGGUAGGGUUGCAUCAAGCCAAUGACAUCGAAAUCGUAAAAAAGCUGCUUGAUACCCUCGAUACUGUAACUUUUCGAGACAUAGGGAAUACGAUUAACGGAACGAUUGACUGGGAAGAAUCUGCAAAUUCAGGACGCAUUUGCGUUAAACUUCAUGUGGACGAAGAACUCGAUAAAUUGAAGCAUAUUUACCACGGGAUCGACGCUGUCCUGUCAAAAGUAGCACAACAGAUUUCUGUGACUGUGCCACCAGACUACGCGUCUUCUCUAAAUGUAGUAUAUUUUCCACAGCUAGGGUUCCUUGUCUGUGUCCCAUUGUUAGAGGAAUGGACAGCUGGAGAUGGCAUAAAGGUUCUGGACGGAUGGACGUUUCAGUUUUCAUCCGAAUCACAUGUCUACUUUAAAUCUCAAGAAAUGCAUGAUAUGGACACGCAUAUUGGUGAUCUACACCCGUCUAUCGUAGAUAGGGAGAUAGAGAUCGUGCAAUCUCUCUCAGAGAGAAUAAUGGCCUCCAAUGUGGUCAUGAGUCAUGCGUGUGAUGUAUGCGCCGAGCUAGACUGCUUGCUCUCGUUUGCCGAGGCUUCUCGUGCAUACAACUUCACUCGCCCACAGAUCUCAGAGCAAAACGUCAUUCACAUCAAACAGGGCCGACAUCCUUUGCAAGAGCUUGUUGUGGACACCUUCGUGCCUAACGAUGCUUUUGUAGUGGGCGGAGCAGGUAUCAAUGCGGCAGCUGAGGGCUACAUCGAUCAAAAUGAGUCGGAAAAGGGGAACAGUAUCAUCGUAUGUACUGGCGCGAAUGCCUGCGGCAAGAGUGUCUAUCUGAAACAAGUCGCUUUAAUACAGUAUAUGGCUCAGAUAGGAUGCUUUGUGCCUGCUGAUUCCGCCACUCUUGGGAUCGUUGAUAAAAUCUUCACUCGCAUUCAAACCCGUGAAUCCGUGUCUAGAGUCCAGUCGGCUUUCAUGAUCGACCUCAAUCAAGUCUCGCUUGCUCUGCGCAGCGCAACGGCAAGAUCACUCAUUCUCCUGGAUGAAUUUGGCAAAGGAACUCUGUCUGCAGGCUCGUAUCGCACAUACGGCGCCGGCCUCUUCUGCGCCGUCCUCAAACACCUCGCAAUGCGCGGCUCCGGCUGUCCCAAAGUCUUCGCAGCAACGCACUUCCACGACGUUUUCACCGACGACCUGCUCUCUUCCAGAUCACUCCCCAUCACCUUCGUGCACAUGCAGAUCAUGCUGACCACGAGCCGAGGGCACCUGGUGACCGCUAGUGGACUUUCCGCAGAUGAGGAUCCAUCUGACACCGACGAUGGGUCAGACUCAGUGCAGGCUGGAAGCAGAAGAAUCGCACCUGGGGAACGGAUAACGUAUCUGUACCGGGUGGCGAACGGCUUGUCUCUCAACUCGCACGCAGCUCUUUGUGCAGAAGUAUCCGGUAUCCCGCGACGCGUUACCAAAAGAGCGCAAUAUGUCAGCAACUUGCUAUCAUCUCAUGAACUUGGACGACUCUUGGACGAAGAUAUGACCGAAGACGAACAAAAAGACCUGGAGAAUGCUGAGGACGUUUGUAGGCAAUUCCUCGCUUGGGACCUCACCAUGGAUAGAGAUCACUACGACGGAAUAGGUGACGUGAAGCGGAUGCUCGCUGACGUUCUUGGACCCUGA